ACCACAACCCGCCAGCUUUAAGGGAACGGCAAGCAAAACAAACAGGUCGACAGAAGAAAGAUAUCGGUUGCCGGUCGGUCAUUCGGUCGGACGGACGGAGAGGUUAUUAAGCAUUGCUCAUUUGCAUAUUGUAACGGUUCAUUGGUCUCGUGUCCCGAACAUGCGCGCUCACGCCGGUGAAAUAUGUGGAUGCGGUCCAGAUCUGUAGUGAUGUUGUCGUAUUAUUCGCAUGUUCGGCCCAUGAUGACGGUCGGUCCGUUCGGGUUUUGUCAACGUGACAUUUCUUGUUUUUAAAGCGACAUUGUGCAGCGAUCGAAGUAAUUAUACUUGCCUAUUUCAUUGAUAUAUCAACUAUGCAUACGCGGCGGCUGGUGAAGCGCUCGGUCAUUGGGAGCCGCGUGUACGCGCCGGGUUUAACGGGAGACGCGGCUCCGCUCACGGGAGUGAUCCAGGCUGUCAAACAAGACAACAGAGAUGCUUCAACCGGCCAUCGGCGCAACGUGUACACGGUGCUCAUGCAAGACGGGAGCUUGAAAGAAUUCUCGGAGGAAGAGAUUGCACAGAUGACUGCGAAAGCACCGCUGAAGUCGAGCUUGAAGAGCGCCUGUAACGGUGGUCAGCGGGAUGGGCCCACGCAGGGCCAGAAUGGGGGUGUGCAGAGAGGAGAGGCGCCCUCCCUCAGCCCGGAGUGCGUAGAGGAGCCACGGGUGCUGGAGCACAAGCGAACGGGCCGGGCGCUGGAACCGGAGAAGGAUCACACCCGCUCCAUUUCUCUGCUGGAACAGAAACGCAAGGUGGUCUCUUCUAGCAUCGAUGUACCACAAGCCAGGAAGUCCGAGGAGGAGGUGGACAUGGACAAAGUAACGGCUGCCAUGGUGUUGACCAGCCUGUCCACUAGUCCUCUGGUGCGGAGCCCUCCUGUAAAAGUUAGCGAGGGUCUAAAUGGCUCCUGGAAGGACGGAGGUUUCACUCCAUCCAGCUACAGCAGCAGCGGAUACUGGAGCUGGAGUGCGCCCAGUGACCAGUCCAACCCGUCCACGCCAUCUCCGCCCCUGUCCGCUGACAGCUUCAAACCCUUUCGAAUGCCCAGCCUCAGCGGGCCACCAGAUGACAACAUCGAUGAGCAUGAUGGCAACAGCUUGCUGUUCGACGAACCCAUCCCCCGCAAACGCAAGAACUCCAUGAAGGUGAUGUUCAAGUGUCUGUGGAAGAACUGUGGGAAGGUCUUGAGCACAGCCGCCGGGAUCCAGAGGCACAUUCGAACCGUCCACCUGGGGAGGAAUUGUGACUCAGAGUGCAGUGACGGUGAGGAGGAUUUCUAUUACACUGAGAUUAAGCUGAACACGGACUCUGUGGCGGAUGGUUUGAGCAGUCUGUCUCCUGUGUCCCCGUCUGUGCUGUCUCCCCCGCCGGGUUUGGACCAGAGACAGCCGGAUGGCACUAACGGGGCGAAGAGUGACAACAGCACCACCACCCCUCUCAGUCGCUCUGCUCCCAGCGCACUCUACCUAGUCCACACAGACCACGCCUACCAGGCCACAGCCCCUGUUACCAUCCCCUCCACCAGCUCCACUGGCUUCACCCCCUCCAGCAGCAGUUUCAGUAUCUCCUGGCAGUCCCCACCUGUCACUUUCACUGGCACCUCUGCCUCUCCCACUCACAGCCGGACGCAGGGCUUUGGGGAGCAGCGCUCUCAGACCAUUGCGGUGCUCUCGUCUCCCCCAAGAGCUGCAGGCUCACUCAGUAGGAAGUCACGAGGCGAGGGGAAGAAGUGUCGUAAGGUGUACGGCAUGGAAAACAGAGACAUGUGGUGCACGGCCUGCCGCUGGAAGAAAGCCUGCCAGAGAUUUGUUGACUGAAACAGCUGAGACGGCUGAGAUAUGAAAACAGGGUGGGCUUCCUUUGCAUGCAUAGCAUAAUGAAAAACGUCCUUUCUCUUUGUUACUGACCACAGACCCACCCUGCCUCACCUUAAACUCAAGUGGACCUCGGGGGUCAAACCCUUAUGCAUUCCCUCCCAAACCAACGGACGCACUCUCAAUCUUUGAAGAUUCCCAACUCUCCCUUCAAGGCGAGUUGCUUUACACUGCAAAAAAAAAAAAAGAAAAAGGAAAAAAAAAAAAGGCUUGUGAUCCACAUCUCUUUUUGUUUGUGUUCGAUAUACUGCUUAAAACAUUCUUGUCAGUUCCUAAAGGACCAGUUAGGGCAAGACCAGCCUAUAUCGAAACUCUUUUUAAAAGAGAAGAAAGCUCUCUUUCAGACUGUGUGAGAGUGCUAUAAAACAGAACCGGAGAAAGUGUUUCUUUUUCCAUGGGCACUUUUUCCACAUUUCUCCUGCCCAUUUUACUACAGGUUAAGGGUUGGACAGCCAGAAAACCCUGUCUUCUCAAGAAUGUACCACCACAGGGGUUUGUUUUGGGAUGCUGACUGGACAGUUCAUCAAUGCAAAAAAAAAAAAAAAAAGUAUGGGAAGAGAAGGACUUUCAGCUCCCCCUUUCAGCCGUGUUGUCACAAGCAAUUGCACCUACAAAGGACGGAUUUUAUAUCUCUGGUUUUAUAUUUGCGUUUACCAAUAGGACAUUUCUUUCAGGGAUGCGAUCAGUAAAAGCAAAACCAGCAGUUAGAUUUAACAGCAGAGAACUCAGUGCUUUUUGUCACAGGAAUAUCUUCUUGCUACCAAAAAGGGUUUUUUACGUGCCAUUUUCUUUCCUUUUUUUUUGCUAUGUGUGUAACUGACUUCAACUGAAUGAAGUACAAAGACUGCAAUCAUUUAAACCCAACAGCACAGACUUGCAUCAAAGUUAGCAGUCGCAAGAACCAGCCAUUCAGGCAACGCAACUUUUCCUUCCCAUCGGACUCCAUCAGCAGGAAUGAACUGCAUUCAUAUUAGAGCCAUAAAUGAGCCCGCAGUGGUUUCACACCACAGUCUGUUGCCUAUAGAGGUUCGACCAACAUGCCUGAGUAAAGAGUAUGAAAACUCUACAAAGUGGUUAAUUUUACCUCUGAAAGGUGAAGAGCUCUUUACCUCUCACCUUUUUCCUGACCUCACAGGUUUAAGUAGGAAGUAAUAAAAAAUAGCAAAUGCCACAUCUACUCCAGCACAGGGUCUCAUGCUGGAAGCGCUCAGAUGUGGAGGUGUUAUUCUUCUGUACUUGGUACAGUAUGGUGUAACAUGGUAGAACGCUGGUUUCAGCAGGAUGGACGUCUUUUCAUGAUGUGCUUCUUUGCAAAAAAUGACCAGGAUAGAAUGAAAAUUGUUGAGUCCCACAUGAUGUUGACAUGUUUGGCUUUCAAGGAAUACGGCAGCUCAGUUGGCAGACAUAAUCUGGCACUAUUUUGGUGGCUCUGAUACAGUCUAACGUGACAUUGUCUACAUACAUAACAUCAACACAAGCUAGUUAACUCAUCAUAUGCAUGCAAACAGUGUUAAUUGUGAUCAGCACAAUUGUCUGUUUCUGUUUUAUUCAUCACAUGGUUCCCCUCUCACUUACUGUCGAUAUGUGUAUAUAGAUAAGGUAUACAGAAUUCAUUUCUACAAAAUGAAAUGUUUUACUCCCAGAGUAACACUUGGUUUUAUUGGUAAAAUAUGAAGUAAGGCUUUGUUCACACUUCACAUAACUCUGAUUUGGUUUCAAAUCCAAUUUCAAAUUAGAUCUAUUUGUUUAUACAAUAUCCUAUGUAUCUACAUUGGUUAAUUCAGGAAUGAUGUAACCAUCAGGAUGAUCGCAAGAGACUCAAAAACAUCUUAAAGUUGGUAGACUACUUGGAAAAGCUACUUGAAAUAUGAUUUGUUUGUUUACACUGAGAUGUAUUCUGAUUCAAACUGAUUUCACACCUGAUAUGGAUGUAAUUUAGAUCUACAAAAACAAAAUCUAAUUUUUGCUGCUUAUCUGAAUAAAUCCAUAGAUUAGGCUAAUUAAAAAACAGAACAUUUUGAAUGUGAAUCUACAAUUAAAAUCCAUGUAAAAUCAAUAUACAUUUAAAUAUUUAAAUAGCAUCUCCAAAACAAAAACUAUUUUAAACUGCCAUUGGUUUAGUGUGCUUUGAGUCUUGUUAAUGUUUAUCAAACAAGAUAUAUAUGACUGUUUUUGCAUUUUGAUCUAUAAUUUUCCUAUUUUCCCCACGUUCUGUUGACACGAUUCAACAGAUCUUGCAAGGAAAAGGUCUCAAGGUUCUUGCGUCUUUCCGUAUGACUGGAGGCAACCUGUUUGUGAAAGCACAGCUAUACUGAAGCCACACACCAGCACCCAAGGGCUCUAGCACUCCAGUUCUACUCCAAUGCCCAUCAAAACACUUUGUGAUCUUAUGCCAGAGUUGAAGAUGAGUUUCAAUAAUUAAUAGCUGCAUAUUUUGGCCCCUCAGCUGGUGUGAGGAACAUCUCAGAGGCUGCUGCUUGUCCCUUCAUUCCCUUUCUGGUGCUAUCAUAGACCAAAGGGUCUGAGAGAUCUCAUGGGCGUUUUACGUAAGAGGGCAAGCUGAUGUCUCCAACUGUUUACACUCGGUAUAUACUUGUGGAAACUCUUUUCAUCAUGUUUCCUACAAAUGAGACAGGUCAUUUUUAGGAGCGAGUUUUGGUAAUAUAUUUCUAAAUGCUCUUGCCUCGGAUAAGCUGUUGUGUGAAGUUAUUGCAUGUAACAUCACGGUGCAUUUGAUUUCUAAUGAUGUUUCACACACCUGUCACCAUGGUGCUUCGGCUGCAGUUUUGUUAGCUAGGCCACGGCGCAUUACUCGUGUUCAUCAGGGGUGCUAGUUUCCUUGUGCACUGGCCUUUGUUUUGUUGUACAGCAUGAAAUUUAACAGACACACGGUGCAUAUCAAGCUGCAACGAGUAGGUUGUGUUUUCACUAUUUUCUUUGUUUAUGGCCAACUUCAUUCACAAAUUAAACAAUAUAUAAUGUACCUAGAAUACAUAUAUAAGCUACCUGGUAAACAGUAUUUAGAAUGCUGCUCAUGAAUACCUACUUGGGUCCAUGUCUCAUAGUAAUGCAGUACCAAGCUAUUAUUGUUCAGAUCUAGUGGGACACCAAGGUGUUAGCUAUCUUUAACCUAUAAGUAGUCUUUUCUGGUUCUGUGUAAACAUACCGUAUAGGACAGGUAAUAACCAAGAUAACUAAUAAUACUGUUAUAUUACUCAAAAUGUGUAAAUGUUUUGAUCCAUAUUCUAAGCUACUUUAACACACCGGUGUACAGAUUCUAGGGAACAGAAUAAGAUGCUUCCUGAACUUUCACCAGGUCCAGAGUUUAACAUGCUAGCUAGUCGCUUUUAAAAGAGGCAGAAAAGUCUCGCCAUCUCUUUUCCCACACAUUGAAAAUGGGAUGUCAAUCGGAUACCCAUAUGGCUUUUGUUGGUAUUAGUGUUGGAUCUGUGCAGAUGUUUAGGGUGGGUGUGUGUAUCCUAUGUCAGACUUACCCAAUCUGACUGUCUUUGCGUAGACUGAAUCGUUUGUGUAACUCCAAACCGCCACUCAGCUAUAGCCAGAUGGCAGAUGGGCCACUCAGUAGUCUACUUACAUAACUUGCAUGUUUGUGUCGAACCACAAACAGCAAGAACGAGUAGAGGCUGUAGAUAGUGCCGAGACUGAGUCUGCAAAAAAGAAAAAAAAAAGGCUGUAGUCAAAAGGAACAUUCCGGACUGCACAUUUAAAUCUUUUUGUUAUGAAACGGUGUCAUCAUGAUAGAACUUGCUCACUCUUAUAGGGAUUAUAAUCUCAGCUGUCAUUGGACAGUAUUGGCAUUCUGCAAUGCAUAGUACCGACAAUAGAGCUGCCAGGUCCCCGUGGUGCAUGAUCAGGUCAUGUCUAUCCUAGUUCAGGGGGUCGAGAGGUUUUGUUUUUGUUUUCGUUUUCUGUGGAGGGGGACAGUCCCUCUGAUCGCUUUCAGGAAUGUAUUUGUAUGAGGAUAUAUAGGAGUCUGACUGUGCCUUGGUGAGGUCUGAUAUUGUGCGUGGAGAUGCACAGAAAAGCAAAGGAAUGUUUCUGGUGUCGGCUUGUCUGAGUUCAUCAUUUCGUCUGGAUUUAAACGUGUGGGAGUGGAGGCCCCUUUUUUUAUUACUGAUUUAAGGACUAGCUCUUGCUUUUUUCUGCUCAAAGAGUCUUUUGAUGAAUUUGAAGCUUGGGGGUGGGGUCGUCUUUUCCCGGCUGUGCUUUGUAAACGAUUUUUAGCUACAAUAUUGUAGUUGUUUUUGUCUUGUUGUUUUCAUCGUCGGUUUUGGGAACGCAGCGGGAAACAUUUAAUCAACAUUUCAAGCAGGGGUUUGUUGAAUACGGCUGCGUUUUUAAAGAUCGGGGAACGUUUUUCUUACAAGAUGCUUAAACAGUGAGAUCAUCCAUUAUUGUCAGAGACUAAAACUCCAGUCUAACAGAUAGGACCAUGCACAGAAGAUCUUAGGUUCACAAGCUUGGUCGGAUUCAGAUACCGAUUUUUGCUUUCCAUCGUCAUUCAAAGUAGGGCUGCUUGAUUUGGGGAAAAAAAUUGAAUUGUGAUUUUUGUUGUUUUUUACCUUGAUAAAAAUUAGGAUUUGCAACUUUAAAUGAGAUUAAAAAAAAAAAAAAAACUUGUUUGUAGGGCUGCACAAUUUGGCCACAAUAUUGUAAUUUAUUUAUCAAUAUAACAUGACUUUAUAAUAAUAAUAAUAACACUGUAAAAUUGCAUUUCAGUAUUAUUAUUAUUAUUAUUAUUAUUAUUGAAUUAAAAUAAUAAAAAAUGAGAAAUAUUACUAAUUUAAUAUUUUACUGUAAAAUAAGAAUCAAUAUUUAAGAAAAAUGUUAUUUUACAGUACAAAUGUAUAAUAACAUUAUUAUAUGGCUGUCUUAUUUCUUCAUUUUCAAGUAUUAAAGGAUUGGUUCACUUUAAAAUUAAAAUUAACCCAUAAUUUACUCACCCUCAAGCCAUCCUAGGUGUAUAUGACUUUCUUCUUUCAAACGAAUACAAUCGGAGUUAUAUUAAUAAUCACCCUGAUGCUCCAAAGCUUUAAAAUGGCAGUGCACGGAAACCACCUGUUGGAAGCUCAAAAAAAAAAAAAAAAAGUGCAUUAAUCCAUUAUAAACGUACUCCACAUAUCUCCGGGGGGUUAAUAAAGGCCUUCUGAAGUGAAGCGAUGUGUUUGUGUAAGAAAAAUAUUCAUAUUUAACAAGUUAUAAAGUAAAAUAUCUAGCUUCCGCCAGAUCGACUUCCGUAUUCAACUUUCGUAUUAAUCUUCCGUAUUCAACUAUUACAAAAAAGUAAGUUUCAUAAGUUGAAUACGGAAGGCAUAGGAGGCAGCGUAAGUGUUUUGAACUGCGAGAGGCGUUACACUUUCUUCGUAAGUUGAAUACGAAAGGCGGUCUGGUGGAAGCUAGUUAUUUUACUUUAUAACAUGUUAAAUAUGGAUAUUUUUUCUUACACAAAUGCAUCGCUUCACUUCAGAUGGCCUUUAUUAACCCCCCGGAGCCGUGUGGAGUACGUUUAUGAUGGAUGGAUGUACUUUCUUGAGCUUCAAACUCAUUGGCCCUGUUCACUGCCAUUAUGAAGCUUGGUAGCAUCAGGGUGAUUAUUAAUAUAACUCAGAUUGUGUUCAUCAGAAGGAAGAAAGUCAUAUACACCUAAAUACACAAAUUUUCAUUUUAAAGUGAACUAUUCCUUUAAAUCAUCAUUCUUUUAUUUUAGCGAAAAACUGCCCUUAAAGCUUCUCUUUUGUAGACGACAGCCAUUUUUGAGAAAGCGAUUGGCGCAUGUUGUGAUUCCAAAUGCACAAGUGACCCAAACUCAGCACAUGCAGAGAUGAGUUUGUGUGGAGCAGCAUUUACUGCCAACCGAGCCGCUCUGAGACACUGAAAACACUGGAUGGGGAGCUGCUCGCAUGUAAACAAACACAGUGCCGCACUUCCCUAUGAAACACGCAGCACUUGUAUUUAUUGAAAUCGCAGCCUUUGUGAUUUUAUUAUUGCACUAAGCCAUUUCAGUUUUAUUUCGAUUAAUCAUGCAGCCCUAUUUCAAAGGAUCCCAGAGAAAAACACAUUUCUAACUCAAGCCUUGGGUUCUGAGAAAGAAAAACAACAAUAGCCCAUCCAAAAAGGACUGCAUGGGAAAGUAGGCUAAGCGCUCUGAAUGGAUUAUCUCACUGCUGACCAUUGUCAAUCAAGAACCAUGUUAACCUCAAGAACUCAAAGACUGUCGCACUGGAUUUUUACACUUUUUCAAGUAUUUACUUAUCUAACUGUAUUUUUUAAUACUGCAUGUGCAUGCCGAAGAAAACAAACAAAAAAAAUAUAUGAUCUGAAUUUAUGAAUGUGUUGUUUGUGAUGUUUUAUCUGUAAAAACAGGCACAGGGCAGGCAGGCUGCUGUUACUAUAGGAAUUACGUGCAAAAACCACUUCCUCUGAAAAGGUAUUUAUUUUUAUCAUGCGAUUUCAGCACCUUUUAACACAUUUUCAUGGUAUGUUCUGCCACAAAGGGCUUCCUUAAAGGGACAGUUAAACACCAAUAAAUAAAUAAAUGAAUAAAUAAACAUUAACUUUACCCUCAUGUGUUUCCAAACCAAAAGAUGUUUUGAAUAUUGUAUAACCAAAAUGCAACAGGCCAAGUUUGAAUAUGCAGAUGUGCAAUUAAUAUUAUUUUUUGUUCCCUAAACAAAUUCAUAUGACUUCAGAAAACUUAUAUAGCUCAAAAGUCCUAGACUAUUUUUAAGGUACUUUUAUGUUGUUGUUUUUGUGUAUGGGGAAAACGCAGCGUAAAAAUUCUUCAAAACAUCUCCUUUUGUGUUCCACAUGAGAAAAUAAGUCAUACAGAUUUGGAUCAACUUGAAGGUCGUGUAAAUGACAAUUUGUAUUUAUUUAUUUUUUGGGUGAACUAUCCCUUUAAGAAAGAGUGCUCGAAAUUGAUUGGCUGAAGCGCUGAUAGAAACUGCCACAUUCUUCAGUCAUAAAAACAAUCCGACGCUGACAAUAAAAUAACCAGCUUAUGACCGCCGUAGCAGAGGAUAUAAUAACAAACGCCUGACGGAUACUACAUAAGCACUUCGAAAUGAUCUAAAUCAGAGGACCAGUUUAUCUCAAGGACCAAUGUAGUCAGCCCAAACUGUGCUUUUUUUAUUUUUAGUUCACACAUUCUGUCCCAUUGUCUGUUCUUUUGACAUUCCUGAUUUUACAAGUAUUGUUUGAUGUUAAGGACGGGCAUCUGAUGCCCUGUGCACAUGAUGGAAGUCUACUGUGUAAAGAGAAAAAGGGAAAACUCAGGAUGUCUUCAUCUUUGCAUGCCACUGCUAGCAGGAAGAAAAAAAAGAUGCAGCAGUUGAGUUGUAAAGCCAUAAAGGAAAAGAGGUGUGUUUGGGUGAUCCAUGCCAUUUACCAAAAUUAUUGUUUUGACCAGUAAGCAAUGUCUAGACUAUAUUCAAUAACUGUGUAUAAUCCAUUAUUGCACACUGACUAUAUGUAUAUUGAAGCUAUUCAUUUAAGAAGGUACUUGAUGUCUCUAUGCCAAUGUGAAUUAUAAAGUCAUUGAUGGGGACAGAUUUUAUUGUAGAUGCAAUAGCUAUGAAUGUAGCUAUGAAUAAAUGGAUGGUUUAUUUAUAUGCUUAUAAAAGAAAAUGAUAUUGUUAUCCAGAAGAGGGACACCCUUGAAAUUGGUGGGUUUUCAAAAAAAAAAAAAUUCAACUGGAUUGUACCAUAUUAUUCAUAUAACUUUGUGACAUUAACACUAACAAACUGAGGAUUACAGCUGAAAUUGUUACUAAGCUUCAAAAUCAAGAAACCCAAAGAUUAUCUCUCAAAUUUGAAGAUAUAACACAGCUAAUAGCAAAUAAACUGUAUGAGUGUCACUUAAUCUUACCGUAAAAUUAAAACACAAUAAGGGGACCUUCACACAGAAUGCGGUUUUCCAUUCCAGUGCGCUACUUUUCUAUUUUUUUUUUCCAUGUAAACGUGCUAGACGGAUGUGUAUGACUGCUGCGCUCGCGUCUCGCGUCUUUUGCAGCGUCUCACACUUGAGCAGCACGUUUUUAAGACGCCGUGUCAAGUUAAAAGAAUUUUACACGCAGCGCCAUUUAUCAGUGUCAGUUCCAUAACAGUGGACCAAUCAGAUGACCCCGAAGGUGGGGCAAGCAUUGUGAGCUUUUGUUUACAGUAGCAAGUUGGCAUGGCAACUGUAUAAUUUGAUGGCUACAUGGCGGAGGAGGCACUCAUAGUGGCUGUAUCCAGAUAGCCAGUGCGAUUAUUUUCUUUUUUUCAUGUGAAAAAUAGUAGCUAUCUGUUCUGCUGUUUGGCUAUUUCAGUUAUUGCAUCACAUCUUAAAAGCGCGUUUCGAGACCCUUGUGUUCUGCGCUGCGCUUCUAUUUUUUUAAAAAACCAUUCCUGAGUCUUAUGUUUUUAGAUGCAAAGACACAUUCUGUGUGAACAAGCCCUAAGGGAACGCAUUUUUCCAUUCCACUGCACUAGUUUUACAUUGUUUUUCAUUGUAAACGCGCUAGACGGACGUGUUUGACCAUUGCGCUCACGUCUUUUGCAGCAUCUUGUGAAUGAUGCGGCAUUCCUAAAACGCAGCGCUUAAGUUAAAAUAAGUUCAACCCUUAAAAAAGCGCAUCUCUAGACCUUGUGUUUUUUCCCGCUUCACUGACCAACGCGUUUUUAUCGCAAAAAUGUGUUCUGUGUGAAUGGCCCCAUAAGGUGCCGUCACAUUUUUUUUAAAAUGUAGGCUAUUAGCGAAAUUUUGCGAGCAAAACGUACUAUUAACUCAGAGGUCACUUCCAAAUAUUAGUAUAUUACUAUAUUAGUACUAUAUUAGUAAACGCUGCAAAACCAAGUGUUAACAGUUCAACAAAUGUGAAUCCGAUGUGGAAUCCCGAACAGGAAAAAUUUCGCCUCACACCGUGUCUACACCGGACGAAAGCGGCGUGAAGCGUCAGAAGUCAACAGAACCCAUUAUAAUCAGUGAUACUGUCUACACUGGAUUCCCCGUUCUAUUUCUGACAUAGUCCAAGUGCUUUGCAACGGUUGGUUUGUUGCAUUCAGUGUAGACAGCUUUUAGCUGUUCCGGCGCGACAACUGUCGCAUCUGGUGUAGACAUGGUGUCACGCGAAAUUCCAAAUUGCUUGGAUUCCUAUUGAGAUGCCUGCAUUUUGCCUAAGGAAUUUCACCAAACAAAGCUAAAUGUGACUGCACCUUUAAGGUCCAUAAAAAUAAACUGGUCGUUGCGUUUAAGAACGCAAGAGGCAGCGCAGCGGAACUAAAAAGAACUCCGGGUCUUGAGACACUUUUUAAAAAAAGUUUUAAAAACGUGGUGCUACGGCCUAAGUGUAGUAAAUGUUUAAAUAAAAAAAAAAAACAAUUGAAAGUCAGCGACCUUCAUCUUUUAAAAGCGUUAUUUUCUAUCCCUCAACUAUGCGUCGCGUUUUUAAACGCAAAACCGCGCUCUGUGUGAACGACCCCUUAUUGUGUGACUUAAAAGUGAGAGCGUUGUUUAUGAUGUAGAUGUCGCCUGAAACACACUGACCUGUAUUUGAAGUGAUGAGAUAAAUGAGCGGCUCAUCUCAACAUUAAUAACAUUUCAUCCUGGGUUUAAUACAGACGUCACAUACCAGGUCAAGCUGAGUGCGUCGCAGUGACGUUUCGCGCCGCCACUUGUUCCGUCACAACAGGCUCACGUGCGUAAUCCCAGCGGGGUUUGACUACACGGGCUCCUCUAACACACUCCCUCAAGCUUUUCAUCUCUGUAAGCCCAUUUGACGCGCAGGUUUCAGAGGUUCAGAGGUUUUUCUUAAUGAUGACAUUUGCUGCUUAAGGCUGUUAUCCGGCAACAAUUAACUCUAAUGGAAUGAAAACAAAAAAUGUAGCCCUAUUGUUAAACGGUGUCAAGUAUCAGCAGAAACGUGGGCCUUAAUUAGAGGAUAUUUUUAAGGCUUCAUGCCACUAUAUUUUGUCAUUGUGAGUGUCUAGUCUGUGUUCACUCGGAUACAAUUAUGCAAUUUUAUGCUUUAGUGCACAGGUUCGCGCAGCAACACCUGACAAAUAUAACUCGUAAUAGACUGAAAGAAAUUAUUUUUUACACCGCUCGCAUUUACGCGCGCUAGUCUCGUCUGUGGAUAGGACCAUAGAUGGAAUUGAUAUUUCAUUAUCUGGACUUGAUAAAAUAUCGCAAUACAUUAACUGAAAGCACUUGCUAUAUGUACAAUGUCUUAUAAUGUUUAUCUAAAUGCAUCGUUUGUUUCUUUUCGUUUCCCCAAAGUUAAAUAGAUUUUCAUCUCCCUCCUCCUGAGGGAGAAAACACUUGGUGACUGUUAUUAUUAUCUAUCUCACUUGCUGGCUGUACUAGUUUUUACUCUGAGCUGUGUGUAAAUAGAAACUGCCAUUGUAAUUGUGCUACGGUGACAAUGUUCUGGUGCUCGUCAGUGCCGCUGUUGUUGUUUUCUUUGAUGUAAAAACCUUUCGAAGGUGCCUGUGUUCAUAUGAGCUCCUGGUUAUUGGUCACGAAAAAAUAAAAACGAUUUUUUCCCGGCAGCUGUUUACUAUAAAAUGUCUGCUGGUGUGUAUUUAUUAAUCUAAAUAUAAUAUGGCCUAAUGUGCUUAUUUCAGAAACUGGGCUUGAUUAUAAUAGGUUGCAGACUGAAUUGUUGGAGUUAAUUAGCAGCCUUCGGUCAUUCUGUGUUUAGUAACAAAAAAAAAAAAAAAUACACAAAGCUUUCAAGUUUUUGAGUGUUUGCAGACCCCAUGGUAGACGACUAAUUAAAAUAGCCUUGAGGAUAUUAUGUAUGAAAUGUAACUAUUUGGAAAUACUGACUGGGAACAUGUUUGAGAUGAAUAAUAAAUUUCUCAUAGUUCUUAGCAUUUAUAUUAAUAACAUUUUAACCCCACAUACUGUAAAAAUGCUAAAAUAUAUCGAUUUGGUGUAUGUUUAUAGACUACUAGUGUGUGAACUCAAUUGCAUUUAUGUGGACUGUAGGCCAGGCUUGAAAAUAAAACAAAACAAAACAGUGUCUAUUCAAAGAUAUGACAUAUGUCUGAACUGUAAUUUAGUUGUUAACUAUCAAUUAUAUAUGCAACUCAGUUACAGUACAGUGUAAUUUAAUACAAAAUAUUGAGUCGUAAAAAAAAUUACAUGUAGAAUCUCUUGACAUAAUAAAGUCACCUUGAGAAAGUAAACAUUAUGAUGCCAUCUAGUGCUCUGUAGCGGUAGUACAUCAGCAUUGACUUUUCAAAGAAUGAAUGACUGCUUGACAAAGACUGUGUAAUGCGUUUUAUUAUGCAUCAGACAUACAAAGCAACAAAUGUUUAUAUUAAAGUAGUUCUAGACUUUCAGGAUGCUAAUUAUAAAUGAACAGCAAAUUAAAUUACGACUGCUACCCAAAACAAAAGCUCAUUAGGAGACAUUCAGUGUAAAGCGACAUUCGUGUUCAAAAGAUAUGAAGAAAGAAGAAACAUACAACACCUGAGCUACAGUAUGAUAUCAGUGAGGCAGAAGGGGGGUACAUUAAAUCAUUUUUGGUCACGCUGGAGAUUUCCACCCUCCAUCUAGUUAAGUCACAACACAAACACACAUAAAACAACUGUUUUAAACAGAUUAUCGUUGACAAUAUUUUUCAUAGUAGUAUUUUUUAAAUAUAGUAUAUGACUACCAGAGCUAGACUGAUAGAUCAAACAUGUUGAACUUAAACCUCUGUAAACAUCUGUAUUCCUAUAUAUUUCUAGCAACAGCAUAGCAGCAAGCAUAUUACAUUUGCUUGUCUAUGUGUAUCAAAGCAAAAUGCAAGAAUGUAGUACACUCAUUAAGAGCAAAGAAUGAAAUGUUAAUGUAUCUGCUUUGAACGCAACUAGCAUGCAGAAGCCCCUGCACCUUAACAUAUCAUAAAUGUUACUAAAUAUCUACAAACUCAAUAAAAAAUAUACUUUUUUAACCUAUAACAUCAACUUAUUUUGUAGUUUAAGAACUUGACAGCAGGUACUACAGUGUAAGCGGAUCCAUUAACUACACUAACAAUAGUAGAAUUAGUGCUUGGAAAUAUGUAGUUGCGCUGGAUAUAAAGCUAAUCGUUUUAUAUUAACACUGCUUUUUGGCUGCGUUACACAGUUUAAAAACAACAGGGAAAAGGUGUCAUAUAGUCAAGAAGACUAUGAUAUCUAUUCCUCUCAUAGUAUGUCCUGUCGUCUGAAAGAAACUACAGCAGUGGUCCAAUUAUAAAGCCAUCAGAAAGGCAUUCAAAGUGAGAUUCAAGGGAUAGUUCACCCAAAAAUGAAUAUUCUGUCAUCAUUUACUCACCCUUAAGUAGUUCCAAACCUGUAUGAGUUUCUUACUUCUGCUGAAUACAAAAGAAGAUAAUUUGAAGAAUGUCUGUAACCAAACAGUUGAUGGGCCUCAUUGACUUCCAUAGUAUUUUUCUUUUCCAUACUAUGGAAGCCAAUGGGGACAAUCAACUGUUUGGUUACCCAUAUUCUUUGAAAUAUCUUCUUUUGUGUUCAGCAGAAGAAAGAAAUUCAUACAGGUUUGGAACAACUUGAGGGUGAGUAAAUGAUGACAAUUUUCAUUUUUGGGUGAACUAUCCCUUUAAAUCUCCACAUCUUUAGCAACUAAAGGCACUAGAAUCUCAGUGGUGCCACUAUCCUAACGCUACAAAAAUAAAGUCACAAAGCACGCAAGUAUUCUCAUUUUAUGACACAAACUCUCUAAAACUACAGUACAGAAAAGUACAGAAAAAAAAAAUUAAUGAAAUAUUUUGUAACGUCACUACUGUUUGAUCAUAUUUGGUAUUAAAGUAAUACACAUACUUACUAUGCAAAAAUCUUUUAGUUUCAAGUACACACUUAAGGAGACAGAACUCAUGUUCUGCAUUUUUUUGGCAUUUGUUUAAAAAAAAAAAAAAAAUGGAAAAAUAA